AUGGGGAGGACAGGAAUGAGACCACGGCCUGGCCCCCCGCGAGCAGAAACGCAGAGGCACGGACUAUCAAGGCCUUGGAUGCUGGCUAUCGUCACAGGGUUUGUCGCCAUCGCUUAUGCGUACCAGGGAUUUUUUCUGCCGGGAGAUGAUGAUGCAGCUGAUGGAGCGAUUUCUGAAGAUUUUGACUUUGACGGUGUCGCACCAGCGGACCCGAACAUCUCUUUUGCGAAAUCAAACGAACACCUGCGGGCGCUCAUCGACGACAGACCCUACGGCCACGUCCUCAACGUCAUCCUGGGAGAAAAAUGCGGCCACUACUUCAGAAAGUUUUUGAAACCCAUCUGCUACAACUGGCGUGCUGCCCUCACAUCUUUCGGCGUCUCCGGACCCCGGUGUUGCGAGGCUGUGCGCUCGUUCAUAGACGAGGGCAAGUGCCUUUGCAUCCCAAGGGUCGUGAGCGACGUCAGGAGCAGUGGACUGUCGUGGGCGCUUCAAAUCGCAAGGAUAUGCGAGGUCCAGAUUCCUCUGUUCUGGGACGUUCGGAAGACGCUUGAGUUGGAUGUGUGCAAGCCCAUCGUGGAGAACAGCCCGAGGGGACAAUUGAACGCCGACUUUUUGGCCAUGCGGGAUGGCGGGGGAGCGCCCACUGGCAGCAUUGAUCCUAGCAACAUUCCGUCUUUCGACGAAGUGUUCCAGCCACCAAAACCGGGGCCGUUUCAGACGGCCCUCGCCCACGUGGUGGUGAAGCGCCCCAUGCCGUCAAUCCUGAAGAACACAAAGUCGUCAGCAACCCAUUUCGGCGCGGAUGUGUUCUACCCAGUGGAUCCGGGAGACGCCGGGACCUCGGCCAAGAAAGUCCGGGGGCAGCGCGUGGUGGCGGCAGGGGGCCCGUUUCCGUUGGUGGCCUUCUCGCCCGGCUACUCGGGCGUGCCCGGCAACUUCAAGAGGACCCUCAGCCACCUGGCGUCCCAGGGUGUCGUCGUGAUAUCGCAGUACUCGACAUCUCAUCUUCGUGUCGACAUAAAUAGGAAGAAGAUGGAGGCAUGGACUAAGGACAUGGUGUACAUGCUGAAGUACUUGAUCGAGCAGGGCAACCACACAGAGUCAUUCCUGAGCAACGGUGUGGACGCGAGACGCACUGGCAUUGCAGGGCAUUCUUUCGGGGCUGGCAUGGCCAUCGCUGCAGCGGCACUGGCCAGGAACGAGUACGGCCUCAAUGUCACCGCCCUCAUGCCCAUAUCGGCAGCUUGUCUCAUCAUGGGCAACAGCUGCGAAAUGCCAUCAACGGCUGCCCCCAAGCUGCAUGGAAUAAAUGCCCUCUUCCUUGUGGGCACAAUGGACGAGAUCACACCCCCCAAGGCCUCAGAGUGGUUCCACAGCCAGAUGCCCAACGACACCUCUUCCAAGGUCGUGUACCUCCAGGGCGCCACCCACUGCAUGUUUGAGGCUGAGCCCAAGAUGUGGCCCAACAUGAACUCUGGGUGUGGAAGAGGCACCAUGUCGCCACAGGAGUCUGUGCGGAGAAUGCAGAUCGAGAUGGCCAAGUUCUUUGGCCAGCAUCUGCAAACCAGUUCCUGA